GGUUGCACCACUUGUCCUCUCGUUUCUCUCGUCCGUUGCUCCUCGGCCGGAGGCAUAUGCUAUGCGCCCUCCUCGUUUUCUCCUUCUCCUCCCUUCUUCUGCGAUUACCAUCGCAUCUCCAUUGUUGAAGAUCCAGGCACAAGCUACGAUAGCAUCCCAUGCAUAGCAUCUCUCUCUCUCUCGAAUUUGCCCAAGUUGAUUAGUGGCUUGAUCAAGCAGAAGCAGUUGCUUUUUUCUUUCCAAUAAGAAAAUGAAGCAGUUGCUUGAUACAGCAUGCAUGGCAGUUACCUCAAUGAAUUAUGUUUACUAGAGUGAUCGAAGUUUGGUGGUGACAUUUGGCGAGGUUUUAUCUCGUCCUUUUUCAGUAUUUUUUAAGUAACCAUUUUCAGUUUAGCUAGAUUUGCUGGAAACAAAUAUUGGAGGGCUCGGGUUCACAACUUUGCUCAAGAAAGCAGAAAGCCAUGUUCUCGAAGAACCAAUCACAAAGAUCAUCACAUCAUCUUGUAUAUUAUUUUCUGGAAAAAAAGAAGUCAGAAUCGCCGCCUACACGUCCGAAGACUGCAAGAACCAGCGAUAAUUGCAGGACUUUGACUGCGGGCGCCUGGUCCGGCACGGCGCCACCCUUGGCAUUCCCUGGUUGUAUUCUCGUAUCUUUUGAUAGCUACAAACUUACCACUUGAGAAUAUUGGGCACAGGCCAUUGGAUUUGAAAUGGUCAUGCAGAGAGGGCCGGCAACUUCCUUUCACAUUCAGUCAAUAACUGUCCCCAGUCUAUGUGCUCAGAUUUCAACUGAAUAAAAAAACCUUCAAUGAGUUUGUAUUUGCUGUUCUUGGUGUGCUCCGAAAUGUCACCAACUUCUAGUAGUACUUCAAUUCUAUUCUAUUUCUAGCAGAAGUGCUUAAAUUGGAGUACAUGGGAGUAACAUCUAUUGCACUGACAGGUGCUAUCCAUUCUGGGCCUUGACCAGAAGGGAGGAUAAACCGAUAAAGACUAGAAGGCUGCUAAUAUUCCAAUGAGGCCGGGUAUACUGUGAAUUCGUGAUGUCCACGGCACCAGCGUAAAGGCGAUCAAAGAUGUGGAUGACAAAGAAGCCCGCCGGCACGGUCCUGAUCGCCCUCUUCUCUCUGCUGAUUGUGCGACAUCUGAUAGUGAACAGCCCAGCUUCAGGGAUAUCUCGGUAUGAAAUCCUAGAUGCCAAUCCCCUUGAAUGGUUCCACAGCCCAAUGGACGCACAAGAAAAGACUCCAGAAGUGGUAGUAGCAACAGCAGCAGCAGCAGAUGCUUCAUUUUCAAACAGCUCGGAUUCCAGAAACUCGUCUCUUGAAGGAUUUCAGUGGCUAGAUACAUGGAAUCAGCUGAAGCACUUAGCCAACAUCUCCAAUGGCCUUCCUCAUGCGAUCGAGGCGAUCAGUGAUGCAAGAACAGCAUGGGAAAACUUGACAACAUCAGUUCAGCAUGCAAGCUCUCCGCAGAGAGAAAAAGAGAGGCUCUGUCCAUAUUCAAUUCGCAGAAUGAACGCUUCCAAGUCAGAGAUUGAUGCUGUUACCAUUGACAUACCUUGUGGGCUGGUUGUAGGUUCUUCAAUAACUCUUAUAGGCACUCCUGGAAGUCUCUCUGGUAACUUUUGGAUUGAUCUUGUCGGGACAACACUCGCAGGGGAAUCUGAAAAGCCCAUUGUACUGCACUACAAUGUCCGUCUAACUGGCGACAAAAUUACUCAAGAUCCCGUCAUAGUGCAGGGUACCUUCACUGCAAGCAAUGGCUGGGGAUUGGAGGAUCGUUGUCCCUGCACUAACUCUAACAACGUGACUGAAGUGGACAAUUUGGAGAGAUGUAAUGCAAUGGUGGGUAGAGAAGAAAAGAACAUAAUGAACUCAAAACUCUACCCAGCAACCAAGAGAAGUGGUGAAUCAAGCACAUAUUUUCCAUUUAAGCAGGGAUACCUUGCUAUUGCAACGCUGCGUGUAGGAUUAGAGGGGAUCCAUAUGACAGUUGAUGGAAAACAUAUUACCUCGUUUGCAUAUAGAAUGGGUUUGGAACCUUGGUUUGUUAAUGAAGUAAGAAUUUCCGGUGAUAUCAAGCUAGUAAGUGUGAUUGCCAGUGGCUUGCCCACGUCAGAAGACUUGGAGAACUCUAGUAUUGAAAUGCUGAAGUCAUCACCAAUUCCAGACGGCAAAGAUGUCGACAUUCUGAUUGGCAUCUUUUCAACAGCAAACAACUUCAAACGUAGGAUGGCAAUUCGAAGGACAUGGAUGCAAUAUGAUGCGGUGCGCCAAGGAGUAGUAGCAGUGCGGUUUUUCGUUGGCCUGCAUACAAACCUCAUGGUAAACAAGGAACUCUGGAAUGAGGCCCACACAUAUGGUGACAUCCAGGUGUUGCCUUUUAUUGAUUACUACAGCCUGAUAACAUGGAAGACACUAGCAAUAUGCAUCUACGGGACCAGUGCUGUAUCGGCCAAGUAUCUGAUGAAAACAGACGAUGAUGCCUUUGUCCGUGUAGAUGAGAUCCAAUCCUCAGUAAAACAGCUUAAUGUCAGCCAUGGGCUGCUUUAUGGUCGCAUAAAUUCUGACUCAGGUCCACACAGAAAUCAUGAAAGCAAAUGGUACAUAAGCCGAGAGGAAUGGCCUGAAGAGAAAUACCCACCAUGGGCUCAUGGACCAGGAUAUGUGGUCUCACAAGACAUUGCAAAGGCAAUCAACACUUGGUAUAAAACAAGUCAUUUGAAGAUGUUCAAAUUAGAAGACGUAGCAAUGGGCAUAUGGGUCAAUGCUAUGAAGAAGGGUGGAUUGCCAAUCAAGUAUGAAACAGAUGAGAGAAUUGACACUGACGGCUGCAAGGAUGGGUAUGUUGUUGCUCACUACCAAGAACCAAGGCAAAUGUUAUGCAUGUGGGAGAAGCUCCUAAGGACAAAUCAAGCAGCAUGCUGCAAUACUAACUAAUUGACAAGGAACUUUGGUACUUCGAGCAUGGCCUUUUUUGCUCAUCAGGCCAGUAACUAAUUUGUAAAGUGCAUGCAAAAAGAGGGGGGAGAGGGGGUCAUACCGGCCAGAAUUGUGACACACUAUGGACAAAGAAGGUUAACAGAUUUCUCAUUUUCUAGUGCCCAACACCAUUGCAAUUAUGAAUGAAUUUACAAGAAUACAGUUGGUCACUUCAUCUCAGCUUGUCCACAAUUCCAGAGCAGCUUUCUUGGAAUUGCUAACAAAGUGGACGAAAAUGAUUGUUAUAUUUUGUUGCUUCUAACUUCAUUGGGAUAUCAACAGUCAAGGUGUAUGAACUAAAGGCAGUCUGAGGGUACAUGUUACAACCAAAUUACAA